AUGAAGAAAAUUCCCGAGAAAUUGAGAGGAUAUUCGCAAUAUAAGUCCAUUAAGGUUGCUUUCAGUAAUGCAAUUUAUGAUUCAUUCAUAAUAGAUGAAUUUGAGGAAUACUGGAAAGCAAUGCUUGAAAAUUUCAAUUUGAAUGAUAACGAGUGGUUGGGGGUAUUAUACCGUGAGCGACAUAGGUGGAUUCCUGCCUAUGUUAAAGACAUAUUUUGGGCUGGCAUGUCAACUACACAACGAAUUGAGAGUAUGAAUGCAUUCUUUGAUGGAUAUGUGAACUCCAAGACAACCUUGAAGCAAUUUGUUGAGCAGUAUGACAAUGCAUUGAGAUGUAAGGUAGAGAAGGAGACAAAAGCAGAUUUUAAGUCUCGUAACAAAUUGUAUGAUUGCUUAACGGUGUAUCAUUUUGAGAAGCAAUUUCGUGCAGCUUACACUAAUUUCAAAUUUAAAGAAGUUCAACUAGAAAUGAAGCGUCUAGUGUAUUGUCGUGCAAAUCUUAUCAAAGAGGAGGGAGCAAUUUGUACCUAUCAUGUGAGGGAGGCUAUUGUUGUGAGUGAGGGGAUGAAGAAAGUGGAAUUUGUUGUGUACUUUAAUUCAACUGAAUGUGAGCUGCAAUGUAUGUGUCGGUUGUUUGAGUUUAGAGGUAUUAUGUGUGCACAUUCACUUUCUGUGCUCAUUGAGAGAUCCAUAUAUGAGGUGCCAACUAAAUACAUUGUUUCGAGAUGGAGAAAAGACUUGGAAAGAGGCUACACAUGCAUUCCAACCACAUAUACUAACUUUGGCUCUUUUCUACAUCCAAAGUUGCAUGAUAACUAUCACAACACGUUGGAUGAGAUCCUAGAUCUUGCCACCAAUGAUGAGGCUAAACACAAAGUGAUUCAACUUGGGUUAAUGAAAAUCAAGGAUGAAGUGAGAACAGUUCAAUCAAGUAGUGCGAGUAAUGUGCUAUGUACUAGUACUUUACCACCUUCAAGUAGUACUUUACCACCUUCCCAUACUUCACCAAAAAGUCCACCUCGUAUCAAUACUACAAAAGAAAGCAUGACUCGCAAGGUACUAAGUCCUUUGGUUGCUCACCGAAAAGGCCGUCCAUGUAUGAAACGGAAGGUUAACAAGGUUGAUGCAAUAGUCAAUCGGUUGAAGGGAAAGAAUAAGAAGGCUAAUUCGGUACAGGGUCAGAAGGUGCCGCCAAGUCAACCUUACUACUGUCCUUCUAUGGAUGCCAUACCAGACCCUUUCCUUGCACCAAUUACCACAAGUGGGGACGACAUUGGGAGCACAUCUCAUACUGAAGCUGGAAUGCUCAACAAUAUUAGCAGUCAAAGAUCGAUAGUACCGUAA